AUGAACCCAUGGAGAGCAGGGGCCUUGAUUUUCUCCAGCUUCUGCCUGGGGUUACAAUAUUGCACACUGGUGCACCUGAGUUGGGGCAGCCAGCCUUCUGCAGAGAAAGCCGAAGACCCCGGCUCCCAUCAUCAUGCGGAGCCGCAGCACCUGGACGUGGUCAUUUCGCAUUGCGACAAGCCGCUGGGAUGGAUCUUCAACUAUGUAACCAGAAACGUCUCCAACGUGACAGUCGUCAGCAAGUGCAACCAACGAGUAGAGGGAGCACCCCCUCAAGCUCGGAUUGUGCGGUCGCGCAACGUGGGCCGCUGCGAUCAUACGUAUGCACAAUGGCUGGCGCAGCUGCAGAAUCACAUUCCGCCUGAUCGGAGGCCAUCUGACCUGGUACUGUUUAUAAAGGACAACGAUAUGUCGGCCCGGUCGGUCGAGCAUGAGGUCGGUGAUCAUGCGGUUCCAUUUGAUGAGAUGCUCGCCAGUGCCACGGGAGCUUCGCGAUUCGCCUGUGGGCGUCGGAUGGGGGUUUUCCGGAAGGGCGGGCCGCGCGCCAGCAUUUUUCAUGUCAAGGCUCUGAUGGGCACCUUCCAGAUGGACGUCUACAACAGGACUGCGAGCAAGCUGGCAUCUUCCGAAAAAGAGCCCUUCAAGUCAAAGUACAGGAACCUGAUGGCCUGGAUGAAGGAUCUUGGGAUUGCCGAAAUCCUCAAGAAUCAGACAAUCUUACCGGCGUGCUACGGCGGCAACUUCCUGACGUCUUACUCACAGACGGUCCUUCCGGUGUCAGACCUCUGGCAGCGAAUCGAGACGUCUCUCUCCCGAUCCGACAGCAUUGAAGAAGGUCACUUCGCAGAGAGAUCCUGGGCCGCUUUGCUCUCCGGUCGCCUAACGCUGCAAGAGGAGGUGAGGGCCUUCAGGAGCCUCCGAAGGAUUCAAUUCCGGCCUCCCUUGUGUGGAAUGAUCAUGGUGAACCCGAGGCUUUAG